AUGGCAGACACCAAGCAGCAAAAGAUCUAUCGCGCCUGGCCAACCGACCCGCCAACCUACACCCAAGCCAACAACGAGCAAGUCCAAAACAUCACCCAUAACAAGGAAUGGAAUUAUUCCCUCUGCGAUUGUUUCUCCCCCGGCGCAUUAUGCCUCACAAGCUGGUGUCUCCCAUGCCUUACUUUCGGAAAGACGCAAGCGCGCAUCCACGACCCGACGCUCCAGGACUUCAGCUACAUCAACACUGACUGCGCCAUCUUCACCUGUCUCGGCCUCAGUCUCUCCCAGUGGAUCAUCCAAACGAUCCGGCGAGGCGAGAUGCGCGAGCGGUUCGGCAUCAAGGGCUCGUGCUGCGGGGACUGCUGCACGACCAUCUGUUGCGGGUGCUGCGCUCUCAUCCAGGAGGAGAAGGAGAUGGAGCUGCGGACGAGGCCGGAGUUCGCGGGGUAUCAGGCGGCGCCGCAGAUGGCCUAUUCGGCGUAG